UGGGUCUGCGUCCUUAUAAAGUCCAUCUUGCAAGCCUUAAAGAGUAAAGGUCAAGGUUCAAGAUCAAGUGACAUUGAGCUAGUCAUAUUUGAAGAUGUUCGAGAUGCUGAAGAUGCUCUUUAUAAUCUCAAUAGAAAGUGGGUAUGUGGCCGUCAAAUUGAAAUACAGUUUGCACAAGGUGAUCGCAAAACACCAGGUCAAAUGAAAUCAAAAGAACGUCACCCUUGUUCUCCAAGUGACCAUAGAAGAUCAAGAAGCCCCAGCCAGAGGAGAACUAGAAGUAGAAGUUCUUCAUGGGGAAGAAAUAGAAGACGGUCUGAUAGCCUUAAAGAGUCACGGCACAGACGAUUUUCUUACAGCCAGUCUAAAUCCCGUUCUAAAUCACUACCAAGGCGGUCUACCUCAGCAAGGCAGUCAAGAACUCCAAGAAGGAAUUCUGGUUCUAGAGGACGGUCAAGGUCCAAGUCGCUACAAAAAAGGUCCAAGUCAAUAGGAAAAUCACAGUCAAAUUCACCUCAAAAGCAGACUAGCUCAGGAACAAAAUCAAGAUCACAUGGAAGACAUUCUGACUCCAUAGCAAGAUCACCAUGUAAAUCUCCCAAAGGGUAUACCAAUUCUGAAACUAAAGCACAAACAGCAAAACAUUCUCAUUUUCGAUCACAUUCCAGGUCUCGGAGUUAUCGUCAUAAAAAUAGUUGGUGAAGAGCAACGGAAAAGUGCUACGUAGUCUUUAAUAUAAGUUAUUAAACCUCUCAUUAUGUUAAAUAAAAAUUCUUUGAGGCUUACAGAAAAUGUGAGUUGAUAUUAGUUACUUUGAGCAUGUGCCAGAAAUAAAAUCUCUCUAGCUUUGAAUUAAUAAAGAUUUUGUCUCAGUUUAAGGGUUCACCCACAAAUUAUGAUGUCUUAUGUCACCAUUCUGUAGACCAGUUUUUGUUUACAUUGGCAGAAGGAUACAUUUCAAAGGAAAUGGGUAAAUUAGAACUAAUUAAGAAAAUUCUAAAUACUUGGUUAUUAAAUAUUAGUAAUAUGAAUAAUACCUUUUACAAAGAUAUUUUUUAUUUUAAAGCACUUUACUUUCAUGUGAAAACUAAUUAUAACUUUGUAAUUGCAUAUGGCAAGUGAACUAUUUGACAUACUUUCUCUCUUUUGUGUCUUCUUUUAAACUAGGGCCAAUUCAUGGUUGAUACUGGUUCACAUUAAAAAAUGAUGCCAUUUCUAAAAAUAGAAUUCAUAUAGAAACCAAGCAUUGAGAAAUACUUUCUUUCCUGAACUCAAAUAGGUUUUAUUUUUAUUGGAUGGAAUGGUAUGUGUAAUUUUGCAUUAAAUUUCAUCCUAUACCAUGUUCACUUCAGAAAUACCAAAAAUGUUUCAGAAAACUAAACUUUGAAUGGUUUGAGAGUUUUCAAAACAUUCUGUGAAAUAAUUUCAAUUAAAAAUACUCAUAUUAAGCCUUACACAUUUGAACAGUGGUACAUUUUGUAUAAAAACCAUUUUAUACCAUUAUUUCUACAUAUCUACUUUUCAUCUCAAUUUUUUUCUGGAGCUCUAGCUCAAGACUUUAAAUAUAUAGAAUAACUUGUUAUUUUUGAGAGUAUUUAGACCUUCUAUGAACUGAAGGCUGCACCCUCAAAAGCCAACUUUGCAGUACUUGAAUUUACAAUAUACUGCCCUUCAUUUUUUUUUUAAACCAAAUGAUACUUAUUGCUUUUGUAGUUGUUAUAACUAAGAAUUUCUUUAAAAGUGUGUUUGUAGUUUUGUUUUUCAAAGGAUUUUGGUAGUAUUUGUGAUAAAAUGGUUUUACAUAAUUAUAAGAGAUAUAUUUGUAGAGCUCUACUUGUGUACCUUGUUGAAUUAUAUUGAAAAUUAAACAUUCUAAACCCAUACAGUUAAUAUUUGUAUCUAGAGUGCUUAAGAAAAAAAAAAAAACUGUCUUAUAUUUUUAGCAUAUAGGAGCCAGUGUUGCUUCUAUUUGUUUGGAAUAAAAGUUUCAUUUUUCUUUGCAUUUUAGAUCUUAUGUAUAAGAAGGAAC